AUGUCGGUAAGGUGCUUUGGCAGGAUGCACUCUCGCGGCAGAGCGGUUGCCAGGAUGAAAGUCAGCAUAUCCCAGACCUUGAGUAUGCUGACUGAUUGCCUGUCAAUCAGGCGACAGCAAAACUUGAAAUUACUUCGAGAGCGCGAGGGCAUGGCAUUGACGUCAAAACACAAGUUUGUACCUUUAAGCCCAAGAGGAGCACGUGCUGUGUCUCAAAUCUCCGAAGCGGGAGAACGAGGUGAUUGGCAUCAAGCGCGUCAUGUGUAUUCGGCAUACUCUGGUGCUGAGAUCCCAGUCUUCAGUGCCGCCAUGCAUGCAGCUAUACGGUGUGACCAGUACAAGCAAGGUGCUCUCAUCUACAGCAAACUUUGCAGCCUAAACAUAAACAGGACCGCUCCGGCCUUCACAAGUGCUCUCACGAUUCACUCAAAGUUGGGAAACAAGGAUGCUGUUCGUGAGAUUUGGACAGAUGCCAUGCGAGAGUGCGAUCUCGAUGCGGCACUUGCUGCAGCUCGCAUUUCCGCAGCUGCUGCAGAGGGAGAUGUUCAAACAGCAGCUACGGUUUUGGAUCAGAUGAACGUGAGAGGCGUGGCAAUAGACGUUGGCCACUUAUCCGCUGCUAUUCGAGCUUGCUGGGAGGCAGAAGGAAGUCACCACAAUGCAGCAAAGUAUCUGUUCAAUUUGCACAAGGAACUUCACCUGCAGCCGAAUGUCAUUACAUUUGCAUGUCUGAUCGGAGCUUAUAUGACUGCUCCACUGGAAGAAGUAUUGGUCGCCUACACUGAAAUGAAGGAGUUGGGCAUUUUGCCAAACACUGUUUUCGCUGAGUCAUAUCUGGUGACCGUUCUUCGCAAGCCCAAAAAGGCACCCUGGGACGAGGAUGAGAUGCUUGAUGCGCUACACACGCGCUCGCCGGAACGCAUCGCCGCUGCGAGGCAGGCCAUCGACGACUUCAAGGCUGAAGGAGUCUCCCUGUCCACCCUGAGCUCGCGCAUCCAUCGAGAUUCGAACUUCGAGAGCCCGAGCAAGGACAUGUCCAGCAUCGAGGCAACCAGCCCGAUCGAGCAGGCGUCGAGCUACAAACUGCACCCAGCUGCGGCUGCCCAGCAGGCUGCCAAAGAGGAGGAGGACCACUAUGACUAUGAGCAGCCAGCUCUGUCAGCCGAACCGGAGCUGCCUGAGACGCAAGACAUCGGCCAGCCCCAGGAAGCAGAGGAGCAGCCGCCUGCAGCUGCGGAUGUGGAUGCUGCCGCCUCUUCUGAAGGCAAAGCGCAGCCAGCCGAAGAGGAAACCUACGACAUGCCGGCCGCGGACAAGCUCUCUGAGGUGUGCAAGGAUCUGAGAGCCGAAGCAGAGAAGACAGACGCAGCUGCGUCCACCACUGGAGCGCAGCCUUCGGACUUGGACUACCGGACACCGGACAUGUACCUGAACCCACAGGGCCCGGAGCCCCCGUCGGGGCAAGCCUCGCGCCAGACCUCCCGAGACAUGCAGCCGGUGCGGCGGCAGUGGGUUCAGACCCAGCCGCAAUUGCCGAGCGCUGCAGCGGCAGCAGCUGCUGCGGCCACUGCCGUGCGACAGACUUCUCCUGACAUGAAGACCUCCCCCGAGCUGCCUGUCUCGGUGUCUCGUCAGGACUCGGCAUACUCCGCGAGCGGCUACAGCCAGUCGAAUUCUCCUUCCGUGCCCUACCGGCAUUUUUCCGGGCGCAUCCUGACUCCCCGAGAAUCGUCAGGCAACAUAUCCGUGGUGUCGAAUGGCAGGCCAGAUGCAGAUGGCAUUUGCUUCCAUGUAAGCUCUUGGCAGUUUGGCGACUUCAUGUUCACAAGGUGCGAGGGCGAGCCUGUGAAGUUUGCUGUCUUUGAAGAGGGUUGUUUGGGAUAUGCCUGGGGUUUUGAGGCCUCCCGGCGCGGCUACCGGCCAACAGGUAUCGACAGUCCUCCCAGCGCGCCGGAGUCGGGAGAUGUGGAGGCACCUGGUCACCAGUCGGUCGCACACAAUGCAGAUGACAGCUGCCCACAAGCUAUCCCAGCAAGUCAUGCGGAGGUUUGCAGCAACGAGGGGGUGCCUGUGUCUCAUCCCUUCUGCGGCAAGAUAGCUUUCUCCAGCCUUUCCUUGUGUGCUUACUGUUUUACCCUGGGUCCUAUCAAGUUGAAAUUCCGAAGUGCGUGGCUUGGGAAUCCUUUUGCACUGCUGGACUGGGACGAUGUGAGGGGACAUACCCGGGAUGUCGAGAACAUGUUGGGGCCGGCAGCCGAGAAGGGCGGCCGCGAAGUCAAGCUCUUCGUGGGCCGACUUCCUCGCGAGGUUACGCGGCAGCAGCUGCAGCAAGCCUUCCAGCCUUAUGGACCUGUCCUUGAGGUCUUCAUCAUCAGCCAGCAGGCAUCGAGCCAGCUUGGUUGCGCGUUCGUCCGGCUGCCAAGCUUGGAGCAGGCGCAGAGGGCUGUUCAUGAGCUUCACGACAAGCCGGUUCCUGAGAGUUCUCUCUUCAAUCCGCUCCAGGUAGCCCUGGCGAAGGGCGAGGCGGAGCGCUUGGGCUUGGGCCCGGACAUCGGAGAGGCAGGCAAGAAGCAGGACCUGCACCAGUUGGCCACCAGCGCUGGGCUGCUACCUGUCCGGACGCUGGUGGACCUGGUCAAGGAGGGGCAGCGGAAAUCCGCGGGCUUCAAGCAGAAGUGGCGAAGCUUCUGCGAGUUCGCCAAGACCCAGGGAGUCAAAAGUAGCCGACCGUCAAAGCAUCCUGCGGGAGCGUUGGCGCACUUCGUGGGAACGGUCGCUUUCGAGUAUGGGAAUGAGCCAUGGUUCCGAAGCAAGUUCGACAAGGUCCCACCACGUGCUGGCGGCAUGCUCGGCGGAACAGGCCUGGAAUGCCAAUGGAGAGCAACAUUUUCAGGCCACCCACAGCGACGCAAAGCGGCAACAUCUUCAGGCCCUGGGGCCCACCCCCUGGAGUCAGCGGAGGAAUGGCACCUCCCAUGGCCGCUCCGGUGUAUCGACAGCGAGACGCAAGGAGCCCUUCAGCGGGUGCCGAAAUCAGCGACUCUGAAACCGGGUCCGACAGUGAGAGUGGCGAUGGCAGGCCAGUCGGGCAACGACCGGACCGGCCGACAGCCGGGCCGCCAACAAGCUCAGCCAAGAAGGCAGAGAUGA